UUUUUCAUAUUUUGUAUUUCAAAUUAAAAUGGAAACAUGCGGUGUUAUUAUAAGCAGAGUCGGAGAAUUUGAGAAUUUUCUUAUGCGCUGCUCAUAUUGCACGAUAGACAUUGAGAUUGAAAAAUGGCAGGAAUUUGUUCUCCACUUUCGGAAUACACACGGCACGAAAUCGACGGAUAACUCAGAAUAUUUGCAUAUCGAAAAUCUAGCUGUAAAUGAAGAUAGCGCUGAGGAAAAGCUAGUGAGCAUAUCUACUGAAGAGCAGCCUGUUGAAGAGACGAAUGUAUCCAGACCCUGUUCAACAUUAUCCGAUGCUAGUUUCAGUGAAAAUAGUUCAACAAAAAGUGAAUCCACAGCAUCUACGGAGGAUGAAGAUGUGGAUAUGUCUAGCUCAAAUCCAUCCACGGACAAGUUCAAACCAUCAUUUUUUCGACGAGAUCCACGCACACUGAAGUUUAUUGAGGCUUAUAAGAGUCAGCCUUGCCUUUGGAAUCCUGGCUGUAGUAAAUACAAGGAUCACAUUGCAUGUAAAGCCGCAUACCAGCAGCUAAUAAUGGAGCUAGACGCUCAGAUAUCUGUUGUCUUCACAGAGCAUUCUUUGAAGGCAGCGAUAAAGAAGUUGCAUAUACAGUAUAAUAUGGUUGAAAAGCGUGUUAUGAACGGCAACCAAAAACCAAAUUCCGUGGCCUUUAAUCAUUAUACAAGCUGUAGCUUUCUGAAAGCAAGCCAAGAUCAAAUGCAUGCCUUAAAAAGUUCAGUAAUUCAGUUGAACUUUUGUAAGCGCAACAAGCUCACCACAGAUUUUAUACAGCUGUAUGCCAACUUUCCCCAGCUUUACGACUGCAAGCAUAAGGAUUUCUCAAGCAUAAGUUCUCGUAAGCAGGCCUAUGAAGCAAUAGCAGCUAAGAUUAUAGUGCCACAUGGUGGCAUUAACUGCGAUGAUGUCUACCUCGCCAUACAGUGCCUUCGUCAGUGGUACUACAAGAGUACGAAACAUGCAAUUAAAACGACUAACGAGUCGGAACUCUCUUAUUUGAAAGCCUGUGCCUUUUUGCCACCUAAGAUGUUCAAGCAAAAGCUAAUUUGUGAAUACUGCCAGCAGGAAACUUCUUCGGAUCAUGUGCUUCAAGCGCAUUUGUGGAAGGUUCAUAAUAUCGGUGAGCUACCCUUUAAAUGUACAUCGUGUGAUCGAAGUUUCGUAGGACGCGCGGAACUAUCGACGCACGUGCAACGCUUCCAUAUUGGAAAAACAUACAAGUGCAACUAUUGCGAGAGAACUUUCGCUGUUAACUCAGAUCUACGCCUGCACAUACGUACACACACUGGAAACAAUAUACUCUGUGAGCUAUGCGGCAAGGCAUUUAGAUUGAGAUCUCAACUGAAGCUGCAUGUCACUGCUAUUCAUACAAAAAUUCGAGCAUUUAAGUGCACUAUGUGCCCGAAGGAUUUUCUUAAAAAGGUCGACCUAUCGGACCACAUCAAGAGCCACUUAAAUAUCCGGGAUAAGAUUUGCACAACAUGUGGUAAAGGAUUUACCAGCUGCCAUUCACUAAUUCGACAUCGACAAAUACACUCGGAGAUUAAAAAGUUUGUCUGUAAACUUUGUGAAGCUAGAUUUUCACAAUUCGUCGGUCUCAACUCGCACAUGAAACGUACGCAUAAUAUUGUUCGAUGUAAAGCCCAAAAAUUAGCAGAGACUUUACCCCCUGAAACAACUAGUUAA